AUGGAUCAUGAGGUCUUGGAGCGUAUAAUUGAUGGAAAGCAGAAGCCGGCAGAUCUGCCAUUUGCACUUUUGAAGGAUAUCACAGAAAAUUUUUCUGACAAUAGAGAAAUUGGCCAUGGUGGAUUCGCAAUGGUCUAUCGGGGUGUCCUCCGAAACGGGAAAACCAUUGCUGUCAAAAGGAUAAAGAGCAACCAUUCAAUCAAUGAGACAUUAUUUCGCCGUGAAGUUGACACCCUGUUGAACAUUGAACAUGAGAAUGUGGUAAGGUUUCUUGGCUUUUGUGCUAGCACAAACCAAAUAGCCAUUAAAAUUGAAGGAUUAAAAGAGCAUAUUUACGCCGAAGUAAGAGAAAGAUUGUUAUGUUUUGAGUAUAUCAGAAAUGGAAGCCUGCAAGAAUAUAUUACUGAUGAAUUACGAGGACUUGAAUGGAACACACGUUAUGAAAUAAUAAGAGGCAUUUGUGAAGGUUUGUAUCAUCUGCACAACGAAAAGCAAAUAUAUCAUAUGGAUAUGAAACCUGACAAUAUACUACUAGACAAUGAUAUGAUGCCGAAAAUCACGGAUUUCGGUUUAUCGAGACUUGAUGAAAAGUCACAAACCAUGAGUGAAGAGCGUCUUGGAUCACGAGGAUAUUGUGCUCCUGAAUACCUAUGCGAGGGAAAGAUGUCAUUCAAAUCAGACAUGUACAGUUUAGGAGUUAUAAUUAUCGAGCUAGUGACAGGACAAAAAGCGCUCGCCAAUAAGAAUAACAAUGUAAGAGGGUUUGAUCUCAUUAUGUGA